CGUUCUUUCACACUGGUGUUUCUAGAGCAGUUUAGGCACUCACUGCUGAGUGCUGACAGAUGUGGCAUUAAAAAUGAAAUUUGUGAUUUUAUUAUCCCUUGUUUUGGCGACUUGUUUCGCUGCGGAGGAAACAUGCACGGGACGCUGUCAGAGUGGCUUUGAUCCUACAAAGAAAUGCCAGUGUGACAGAAUGUGCAAGUACUAUGGAAGCUGCUGUGAGGAUUUUGACAGCACUUGUCGGACAAAAAUUGCCCGAGGUGACAUGUUUGAUGUGCCUGAGGAGGAUCUGACCUCUUCAGUGACACCGACAGUGGAAUCGAAUGUGACAGUCACCACCUCUUUGCCCCUUACCACCACAACUCCCACUCCUGUGUCUCCUACACUUCCACCCGAUCCCGACGCCGUCACCUGUAGCGGUCGCACCUUUGACGCAUUCAUGCAGUUGAAGAAUGGCUCAAUGUUUGCAUUCAGAGGAGACUAUUUCUUUGAGUUAGAUGACAGAUCUGUCAUCCCUGGGUAUCCCAAACUCAUCAAGGAUGUGUGGGGCAUCUCUGGGCCUAUUGAUGCUGCUUUUACGCGCAUCAACUGCCAGGGAAAAACGUACAUAUUCAAGGGCAACAAGUACUGGCGUUUUGAUGGUGACGUCUUGGAUGAAGAUUACCCAAGAGAGAUAUCUGUGGGCUUCGAGAAGAUUCCAGAUGAUAUUGAUGCUGCAUUUGCAAUCCCAGCUCCAGGUCAUCAUGGGAAGGAAAAAGUGUAUUUUUUUAAAGGUGACCAGUACUACCAAUAUGAGUUCAAACACCAGCCUUCCCAUGAAGAAUGUGACCGCAUGACCAAGUCUUCGCCUUCUGUCGCCUUCGCACGUUAUACAAACCUGUACUGUGACUUGGAUAGCUUGUUUGCUCAGCUCUUUCAAGGCAUUCAAGGGCAUCACAAAGGGCCGCGCUUCAUUUCCAAAGACUGGAUUGGCAUCAAACCUCCCAUAGAUGCUGCAAUGGUUGGCCGACUGUAUGUAAACCCUGGUCCUUCACCAUCUCCAGCCAGCAGCCUGAGCAGAGGCCGAACCGGACGGAGAAAGAAGACCAGGGGUCGAGGAGCCAGAGUGAGCCGCUCGCCGUUCUGGGAAGACUUUGGAUUGGACUAUGAGGAAAGGUAUUAUGAAGCAGAGAAGAGUAGAAAAAAUCAGAAAAAGGGCCGUGGAAGACGUCCAUCUUUCUUUGACAUGAGCUACGAGCCGAUGGACUACAUGGAUGUGGCGGUCGUCCAAGAGAAGGCCACACCUGUGCAGAACGUCUUCUUCUUUAAGAAAGAUAAAUACUACAGGGUGGACCUGCAGACCAAACACAUUGACUACGUAAACCCGCCUUACCCAAGAUCCAUUGGCAAAUAUUGGUUGGGAUGUAAAGAAAAGGACAUGUCAGAAAAAAGAUAAGAAACAAGGUUUCCAUAUUUGCGUCAAUAACAAAGAUUUUAAUGUCAUUGCCUAAUUAGAAGUCAUUUAUAAGGAUUAAUCAGUACUAUCAAUAUAGUUCUCUAAGUAUUCCUGAUGUGUUACAUUAUAGUUAUAUCUGACAAUGGUUUUGCAUGCAGUAGAACAAAGCUUCUGAUCAACGUAUUACUAUGAAUCAAUAUAAUAUGAUAUUGAAUGAACUCAUGAACUUUUCUUGUUAUAAGUAUAAAA